UAAUCAUCACAUUAUUACUUUACUCAUAUGACACUGUAUUAAUACUAAAAAGCCCUAACACGCACGUUGCAAUCGCGCUGUUUUUUAAUGUCUAAUGUAUUUUUUUAAGAUAAAAAAAAAAAACGAGUAUGCUUUGAGCCUAUUGCAACUGCGUGGAUCUGGGACCCGGAAGAGGCUGGUAUUGGAACCGAAGUCCGUCAUCUAGGAAUCCGGCAUCAGCUGCGGGGGAAGCGGCUGUUUUAGACUCUCAGCUGGCGAGGAUUCAGAGAAGCAAAAUGGGUAUCUCCGACUCCAAGCUUAACUUCAGGAAAGCGGUGGUACAGCUCACAACCAAGACCCAGCCCGUGGAGGCCACCGACCACACCUUCUGGGACCAGUUCUUUGCUGAAACGGCUAACUCUGUCCAGGAUGUGUUCACCAUGGUGCCAGCUGCUGAGAUCCGAGCUGUCCGUGAGGAGUCGCCCUCAAACCUCGCUACUCUCUGCUACAAGGCAGUGGAGAAGUUGGUUCAAGGAGCUGAGUCAGGCUGCCCCACUGAGAAGGAGAAGCAGGUGGUUUUGAGCUGUGCCCGGCUGCUGACCCGGAUCCUGCCCUACAUUUUUGAGGACCCCGACUGGAGGGGAUUCUUCUGGUCCACGGUGUCCGGCAUUAGUCAGGACAGGGCGGAAGAUGUGGAGGACGAUGAGGAAGACCCCCAUCCUCUGGCUGAGUCUCUCCUGCUGGCCCUCGCCGACUUGCUGUUCUGCCCUGAUUUCACUGUACAGAGCCAGCUGAGGGGAGGGGGCCCAGACACAGCAGAGAGCACCCACUUGGACAGCUGUGAGUACAUCUGGGAGGCCGGUGUUGGGUUCGCUCAGUCCCCCCCUCUCGAUUACGUGCACGACCUCAACAGGACUGAGUUGCUCAGGCUGCUGUUGACCUGCUUCUCGGAGGUUAUGUUCCUGCCUCCCUCUCCUCAGCACAGCGCCCUCAACCCUUGGGUCACCUUCUUCUGCUCCACAGAAAACCGGUCAGGAGCCCUGACUCACAGACCCUCUCAUGCCCUCACACUCUGGUGCUUUAAAGAUGGGCAUGCCCUGCCCCUCUUCACCUCCCUCCUCAAUGUGGUCUGCGCCUACGACCCUGUGGGCUAUGGCAUCCCCUACAACCACCUGCUCUUCUCCGACUCCCGUGAGCAGCUGGUGGAGCACGCCGUGCAGAUCCUCAUCGUGACCCUGGAGCACCAGUACGGAGGCCCUGCAGAGAGCCCCAGCACGGAGCGGCCCAGGACCCCGUCCAGCACCAGCGAUGAGGAGCCAGAGGGACCAGAGAACCUCUUUGUGAAUUAUUUAUCGAGAAUCCACAGAGAAGAGGACUAUGAGUUUGUCCUGAAAGGCCUGGCUCGUCUUCUGACAAACCCCCUCACCCAGACAUACCUACCCAACUCUACAAAAAAGAUCCAGUUCCACCAGGAGCUGCUGGUGCUUUUCUGGAAGCUGUGUGACUUCAACAAGAAAUUCCUGUACUUUGUGCUGAAGAGCAGUGAUGUGCUGGAUGUCCUGGUGCCCAUUCUGUACCACCUGAAUGAUUCCCGUGCCGACCAGGCCCGCGUAGGCCUGCUGCACAUCGGUGUCUUCAUCCUGCUGCUGCUGAGUGGUGAGAGGAACUUCGGCGUGCGUCUGAACAAGCCGUAUACGGCGCACGUGGCCAUGGAUGUCCCUGUCUUCACCGGGACGCACGCCGACUUGCUUGUCUUGGUGUUCCACAAGAUCAUCACCAACGGACACCAGCGUCUGCAGCCAUUAUAUGACUGCCUGCUCACCAUCAUCGCCAACGUUUCACCCUACCUGAAAAGUCUGUCCAUGGUGGCCUCCAACAAGCUUCUGCACCUUCUGGAAGUUUUCUCCACCAGCUGGUUCCUCUUCUCCAGCCAGCAAAACCACCAGCUGGUCCUCUUCCUGCUUGAGGCUUUCAACAACAUUGUUCAGUACCAGUUUGAUGGCCACAGCAACCUGGUCUAUGCCAUCAUCCGCAACCGUACCACCUUUCAACAACUGGCCAGCCUGCCGACUGACCACGUGUCUAUCCAGAAAGCUUUGCAGCGCAAGCAGCGACCAGCAGGGGGCAUCUCUCUCUCCGACUCCCAAGAGGGGGGUUCCAUAGAGGGCUUGUGCCCACAGGUGGCCUCUGGGCCAGGCACCCUCAAGACCAGCCUUGUCGCUAUGCCAGAUAUUGACACGCUGAUAGAGAAGUCACAGGUCUUGGAGGGACGGGUCACGAUCUCGCUUCAGCCAUCUGACAUUCCUCAGACCCCCCCUUCGAGCCAUGCUGGUGUGGCCAGUGGUAGCGACACCGAGUCUAAUUUGGCACAGGACAAUGAGGAUGUCUUCUACAGUGACACAGAGAUGGAGCAGAAUCUUCCUGCUGUGACGUCCACCUGCAGCUGGACCCCCACGCCAGACUGGGUGCUUUCCUGGAAGAGCCAGCUUCCCCUACAGACAAUCCUUCGCCUACUGCAGGUGCUGGUUCCCCAGGUUGAGAAGAUCUGCAUUGACAAGGGUCUGACUGAUGAGUCGGAAAUCCUGAAGUUCCUCCAACAUGGCACGCUGGUCGGUCUCCUGCCCGUCCCGCACCCCAUCCUGAUCCGGAAGUACCAGGCCAAUGCCGGCACCACCAUGUGGUUCCGCACCUACACGUGGGGAGUGGUCUACCUGAGGAACGUGGAUCCUCCAAUCUGGUAUGACACAGAUGUUCGCCUGUUUGAGAUCCAAAGGGUGUAGAGAAAUUCCUGGGGGACUAUUGGCUGGACUGAGUAGGUCAAAGGUCUCAGGUGGGGGAGGACUGAAGGCCAGAUCCUACAGAUGUUGAAGUGUAUUGGCACUUCUGCAAUGAUGGUCCAAAAAGGCAAGAUGGCCAGGAGAACAUUUUAGAGAUGAGGCCACCUCAUCUCACAUUUCCUUUUUGCAGCUGAUUUCUGUGGACAUCUGUGUAAUAUAGUCAUAUAUGACCCACAUGCUCACCUGAUUUUCGCAUAAUUUUGGAUUAUUUGAACAUCCCAUGUAUAUAAUAGCGCAUUUGUUGCAGUUCAGUAACUUUAUUUAUGUGAAAUGUAAUAAAUUAUGAAUUAGCUAUAGGAGCCAUUGUCUUGUAACGUUUCCUGAUAAUGAAUUUCAGUCCAGCUUGUACGUUUUUGUGAUGCCUGCAUGCCUAGAAUCCAAGUUUAGGAUUUCAUUGCCUUAAAAGGUGUGUUUCACCAUAUAAAAUUCUCAGAAUGUAGCACCUUGUUAACUGUUUGACUCCAGCUUGGAGGAGCUGCUGGGAUGACAAGCUACUUAUCCACUUUGGUGGGAAGCCCAUUAACUGCACUCCUUUUCAUCGCAUGACAUUACUGCCUGUGUUUGUCACUGAAUACGUGUGUACCAGAGAUAUAUAAGAUUAUUUCCUGAAUUUCUGGGGAGCAUUGGAUUUCAUGAAAAUGUCAUGCUAUACGGGUUGGUCUGUGUUUCCUCGUUUACUCUUUAUUAAGUGUGUAUGACAGACCUGCCAUUGCUUUAAAGACAUGCAAUCUAUAUUACUCAUUAACUAGGUUUAUGAGCUCUCAGGUACAGUAUCACAUGUCACAGUUUUUAAUAUGUUUAUAUUGCCGUGUUUGUGUACAGUAAACAGCCUAACUCACAAGUACAGGAUUGCUAUCAAAGAUUGCGCCCGACUUUUGACCCAUAAGGCCAGUGGGGUGACGACUUUCUGUUCUUCCGGGUCUGGUUUCUCCUGACUUUGGGGGGGGGGCACACAUGAACCUGUUCAGUCCUGUGGGGUUCGAUAUAAAAGUUGACUUUCAAAAUUAACCCAGACGGAUAUUUUAACAUACUGCAGCACCACAGUCUAUUUCAGACUAAGGCAGGACUUCGCUUGCAGAUUACUGUUAAUCAUUUCCUGUUUGGAUGGUGCAAAGACUGCGUAGAAGAUAAAUGUACACUCUCUAGAAGCACAUCACGUGGAUUAUUGAAAAGCUACCAUUCCAUCGCAGAGAGCAAGCCCUCAUUAAUUACCAAAGAGCUCACACAAGGUUAAAACUGUGUUGCAGAAAUGAAGGGACAGCAGUGGAUUACAGCUUCAUAAAUUUCUACAACAAGAUGUUACUGAUGUGACUUAGACCUAAGUAAACGGUGAAGAAAUAUGACAAAAGCAUGAUUGGCAAAUGAUUGCUUUAUUAUUUAUGGAGGGAGUCUAUCACAGUGAUGGACCACCCUGCCGAGUUGUUCUGUGAUAAUCAGAAAACUUCAAAGCCUUAUAAUUCACCCCAGAGUGAAAUUAGUCAAAAUGUCCAAUGCAACAUUGUAUAAAAAACAAUGGCACCUAAUACCCUUAUAUACAUUGCAUAUGAUCCCCUGUAAACAUUUUUUACCACACAGACUAAUAAAAAGCGAUUUUAGAUUUA